AUGCAUCAAGGUAAAGAGGCAGAUGAGAAGAGACAAGACGCAGCUACCUUGUUAGCUUGUCAAAAGAAGAUAAGUUGUGGCCAUUUCGCAGCAGCCAUUCGAGUGCUCUCUUCGUCUGGUUUAGCUCCUCGUAACGAGUACACGUACUUGGAACUGCUAGACAAGCAUCCACCUGCGCCUAUGCCCACUGUUUCCUGUGAUGAGGCCAUGGUUGACCCAAUUAUAGUAGAUUCUCGGGUUGUUUUACGGGAUAUAAGGAUCUUCCCCAAAGGCACUUCAUGCGGUCGUGAUGGUUUGCGUGCUCAGCAUCUGGUCGACGCAAUCAGUGGGGCGGCAGCUGCUAUUGCAGAUGAUUUACUUGUUUCGAUUACUGGGGUUGUCAAUCUUUGGUUGGCUGGUAGGUGUCCUGCGGUUUUGGGAGAAUUUAUUGCUAGUGCACCUUUAACCCCUUUACUUAAACCUGGAGGUGGUAUUAGGCCCAUUGCAGUUGGUACAGUUUGGCGCAGAUUGGUCUCGAAAGUAGCUGCUGUCUCGGUUGGUAAGGAUAUGUCUACUUAUUUGGGCGAUUACCAAUUCGGGGUUGGUAUUCCUGCUGGUGGGGAAAGUAUUUUACAUGCUGUAAAUCGCCUACUGGAGAUGAAUGGUCACUCAGAGGAAAUGUCAAUGAUGCUCAUUGACUUUUCCAAUGCCUUCAACAUGGUGAGCAGAUCGCAGCUCAUCAAAGAGGUUCGCCUUCAUUGUCCAGGUAUUUCUCGUUGGGUAGAAUUUUGUUACUCGAGGCCUGCCAAACUCUACUAUGACCAUUAUAUUUUGUCAUCUGCACUUGGAGUUCAGCAAGAGGUAGCUAAGGCUCUGAGCAUAAUAGAAACUGAGGGACCACGCAGGGGUUUACAUCUUAAUGUAAAGAAAACCGAAGUCUUUUGGCCUUCUACUGACCCCAGAAGCACAGCUGACGGAGUUUUCCCCGCUGAUAUUGGUAGACCUUCUAAUGGUGUUAAACUAUUGGGUGGACCGAUGAGUCUGGAUUUGAACUUUAUCAGUGAUAUGAUGUUGAGCAGGGUGAAUAAGACUGUUCAAUUGAUGUCUUCUAUCAAGAAACUCAAAGACCCUCAAAGUGAGAUGCUAUUACUCCGCAAUUGCACUGGAGUUUCUAGAUUGUAUUUUGCAAUGCGUACUACCAAUCCUGCAGCCUUACAAUCUGCCACUGCCCUUUUUGAUGAUCACUUACUUAAGUACUUGAGACUUCUCAUCACUGGUGAUGGUGCGGGGUUUGGUCCUCUACAUCAGCGACUAUCUACCUUGCCCAUCAAAGAUGGUGGACUUGGCAUUUACACCAUGGCUGACACUAGCGCCUAUUGUUACCUUGCUUCUCAGUGUCAGACGACUUCGGUACAAAAGGUGAUCCUUGGUAAUUCAUUCUCAACUGAAAAAGGCUCUGCUUAUCAGUUUGCACUACAGAAUUUUGCUCAGGUAGCCUUGAUAAGAGUUGGAUAUGACUGCCAAGAAGCGAAGAUGCCUUCAUUGCAGGAGUCCAAAAGAUAUGCUGAUUGGAUAUACCAUGGAGAGGGGGGGGGGGAACAGGUACUGGACGAAGAUGUUGAAAUGUCUGAUUUGCUGCAUGAAAUGAACUACGAUGCCUCUAACUUUUACAAGCUGCUCAAUGAUGCACAGAUGGAGAGAAAAUUGAUAAUGAUGAUGUUUCCACUAGCUCGUUUCUUGUCAGCAUAUUUUACUCAUUGUGAUGCUUAA